AAAGUCGUGUUCAUUUGAUUUUUUUUUUUUCCAAAUUUCUGAAACUUUUUUUGGUCCAAAUUCGUGUUCACAGUUGAGUUCGCAGCGAUGUCGAACGAGUUCGCCGAUAAGGGGGACAAGAUUAUCUAUGAAACCGAAGCCAAAGGGUUCAACCCGGGAUUGAUUGUAUUGCUGGUUAUUGGUGGACUACUGAUAACAUUCCUUGUGGGGAACUACAUACUUUACUCGUACGCGCAGAAGACUCUUCCUCCUAGGAAAAAGAAGCCCGUAUCCAAGAAGAAGAUGAAACGAGAGAGGCUGAAGCAAGGAGUCUCAGCACCAGGGGAAUAGGAAUUCAAGGUCCGACUUUUCUCUUUUUUCGACGUUGUUAAAAACUGUUUUGUUCACAAUUUCUGUCCAGUUUCGAGAGUUAAAAACUUCAACAUCUGAAUUAGAAGUAAACCCCAUACUCGGGUAAGACUAGAGAGUAAAAUACUGUUCCUUUGUUCGUCGGAUGCAGUUUAUGUGUCACAUUUUCGUUGCAUUUUUUUUCAUGUUUCCAUUGAUCUCGGUAUCUCGUUUCGGUUCAGCCGUCAACAUGCAACCAAGAUAAUGGCUAUACUUGGUGCUUCGUAGGGUUACUUUUUUUUGGUUAGAAGUGUCAGAUAUUAGUGUUCAAACUUUGGAUUAUUUGAAUGCAUGCCAUGUUGAAAAAUAA